CAAUCUCAUUAAUAUCAUAAUGACGAUAAAUCUAAAAGACUCAAACGAUAAUAUUGUAGCCGACAUUAGAACUACAAUAAAUGAAAAAUUGAUAGGAUACCCUAAUAAGUAUGCGAAAAUAUUGUGUUCAUUGAAUUCCUUUUUGGGUUUUCCGUUUCUUCUAAGAGAAAGUGUCAUCGCUGACGAUUACAUAACUAUCAUAGACAUUGGACAAACAAAAUUCAAUUCAAUGAAAGACUUGAUGUUUUCUUACAGUUACAAACCUUUACCUUCGGACAACAAAUUACUUUUCGAAGUAAUUGUAGUUAAAGCUACAAAAGAAUGGAAAGAAUCUAAUGAUAUAAAGGUAGUUUGAAGAAUAAUAUUCGGGGACACACCAGUCUCAAUUAACACGAAAUUAUAGAAUAAGAAGGCGGGAUAAUAACGAAUGAAAACGAUAAAUCCAAAAACAGUUUAUAAUUUGUAUUAAAAAUUAUAUUUCCAAACAAACUUAUUCAACUGCAUCUCCAAUCACUACUUUUAUAAAAAUAUAUAUCGUGUGACGCAGGACAUAGAAGGAUUCUUAAAUAUUAAUUUGGUGAAUUUCAAUUUUCGUAAUGAGACUCGUCGUAUCAAAUAUCUAAAUUGUAAACUGUUGUAGAAUCGUUUUGGGUUAUCAACAACUCUGCACUCAUACCUAGAAAAUACUUUGUAAGAGACUCCAUAUCUCAUUGAUUUGCUUCUUAAAUACUCUAAUGUUUUUCUUUUUUAUUUAUACUAUUAUUAUCGUUGAGGUGAAUUUAUAAACACUUCUUUGACUGCAUAAUAUAUUUAAACACUUUACACUACAUUUAACUUAUUGGUAAGUAUUAAAUUAUUCGAUCACUUUUCUAUAUCGUUCUAACUCCGCUAAACAUGCUCGAUAUAUAUAUAGCAGAAACGACAUUUCUAGAAUUCUAAAAAUGAACAAACAUCAGAUAAUAUCAGCGGCAAAGACAAAAUCAAUGGUUACUUCCAAGACACCGAUCAGAUGUAAGCUUGUGGUGGAUAACAAAAUAAUACACCAGGAAAUGAAAUUUAAAUAUCUGGGAAUCGAAAUAUCUGGACACAGGGACGUGGAGACGGAAGUAAGAAACCAAGCUACAAGAGCCUCAAGAGCAACACCAUACCUAAAUGACACAAUCUGGCGAAAUAAAUACAUUCGAACUGAAGCAAAAGCCCGCGUUUACAAGACCGCAAUCAGACCUAUAUUAUCCUAUGCAGCAGAGACCCGACCUGAGACCUCUAAAACGAAACGGAUAUUGGAGAUUACAGAAAUGAAAAUAGUUCGAAGAAUAGCGGGAAGAACACUACUGGAUAAAGAAAGGAGUGAAAACAUAAGACGAACAUGCGGGAUAGAUAAUAUCAAUGACUGGGUACUGGAUAGAAAGAUAAAAUGGAAUGAGCACAUUGACCGCAUGGCGGAAGAACGAAUUGUGAAAAUAUCAAGGGACAAAUCACCAGCAGGACAAAGAAGCAUUGGAAGACCUAGGAAAAGAUGGAGUGACAACCUCCCAGGUGACUGAGCAGAGGCAAUGACGUGAAGAAAAACAGGCAAUGAUGCCUACACACAUCAGGAAGAAGAAAGAAUAAGAACAAACAUCAAACAGGCCGAGACUUGACGAAAUCAUGAAAUUCCAUUAUAACAAUUUCUUUGUAUAUCAGCUCUUUCUUCUGCCUUGUAGAUUCAAAUUUUUUUUUCAGGAAUAUCAAGUUCCGAUGUUAAUAAGAAUAAAUCAUGUGAUAGCUGAUGGUCUCUCAGCUAUGAAUUUGUUCGCACAUACAUUUGGUGAAAACGACGUAAAGCUAGAAGAAAGCCUUAAGAAUAUACCGAAGAGUCCGGAAUGGCAAAAACUUCCCAUUUUUCAAUUCCUUCAGAAUCUUUUAUAUUUCUAUUUAGUACCAGGAUAUCUCCUGGUGAAAAAUUUCAGAGGUGAACUGAAAUCGCUAACAGGUCAAUCGUACGAAGGACCAAUGACGUCGUUUAGGCAAAAUGUUUCUUACGGUACCGAGAAACCUGGAGAGGGUUUAGUUCAGAAAAUCAAAUCAAUGAAAAAGCAGAUUGGAGAUACUAGUUUUUCUGAAAUAAUACUAACAGCUAUAUCGGCCAGUCUAUACAAGUAUUAUCAAAAAGCUCUGUAUAAAGUACCCGAAUCUAUAUCGACAGCAAUAGUUGCAACUAAAGAUUUGAAACCUUUAACAAUAAAUGGGGUACCACAAUUGAGGAACCAAUUUGGUAUAGUACCUGUGCAAAUGCCCAUCAAACUCCAUACCCAUUCUAUAUUGGAAAGAUUGCAGGGAAUCAAGAAAUUUACCAGGAAAUUGAUGAAGGAUCCCUCCGAACUAAUGAUCAGCAAUUUCAUAACGUUUAAUUUGUUGAAAUUUCUACCAACACCUUUAAUUAAACGAUUGUUACCUCUAAAGGGUUACGCCACUGUGAUAAGUAAUUUACCAGAAUUUCCUAAAAUUGUCAUUUUUAAUGGACAUGUCGUAGAAGACGCGUAUUUCUUCACCUUACAACGAGAUGAAAUGUCUACUGGGUUUGCUGUGGUGAGCUAUGAUAGUCGAGUGCAUCUCGGAUUUGUCGGCGAUGCAGCCUCAGUACCUUCUAUAGAAGACUGCGACGGCAUCGUUAGCGAGUUUUUCAAUACAUUCGAUUUGCUUCAAAAGGAAAUAGACAAAAAGCGAUCGAAUCCUUUAUAAAUAUUGAAUAUUCCCAAGCAAAUUUCAUAGUACGAAGUUAUUAUAGAAUAAAUUAAUAAUGUACAAA